GUGGCAUCUGUUGCUGCAGGGCUGCAAUUCGGAUGGGCUCUGCAGCUCUCUCUGCUCACGCCCUAUGUGCAGCAGCUCGGCAUUCCCCAUGCCUGGGCCUCCUACAUCUGGCUCUGUGGGCCUUUGUCCGGCCUGUUUGUGCAGCCUCUGAUUGGCCAUUGGAGUGACAGCUGUCGCUGCCCGUAUGGCCGGCGCCGCCCGUUCAUCGUGGCGGGGGCGGCUCUGGUGGCGGUGGCGGCGAUGCUGAUAGCAUUUUCGAGGGACUUGGGGCACGCAUUGGGAGAUGCGGGGAUUGAAGCAGGGCAGCCGCUGGUGGGAGCGAUUGUCGUUUUCGUUCUGGGGUUCUGGCUGCUUGACCUGGCCAACAACAGCCUGCAGGGACCGUGUCGAGCUCUGCUGGCCGACUUUACUGGCACAGAAGGCAAGCGCACUCGCAGGGCGAAUGCCUACUUCUCCGCUUUCAUGGCUCUUGGCAACGUGCUCGGUUUUGCAGCUGGCUCCUACCCCCACCUCGCCUUCGCCCUCUCCGCUCCUCUCUCCCUCCUCCUCCGCCCAUUCGGGGGGUUUUCGCUGGUAACCGCGGCGUCUAACGGCGUGUGUGCGAACCCAAGGAGCACCACUUUGUGGCAGCGGUUUCUUUAG